AUGAGAUCAUAUUUGAAUAGAUCAUUUUAUAUUAAGAAAGAUGUAUCAAAAGAAGACACAGAAAGAAUUAGUAGUAGAUAAAAAUCAAUGCAUGCUAGAGUAACUGCAAUAAAGAUGCCUCCUUUAACUAAUAAAACUAUUACACUUUCUGAUUAAAAAUAGGAACCAAAAUUUACAAUUUCAAGAUUUUCUAAAGCAAAAUACUUGCGAAAUGAUCUUUUAGAUACAACUUUCUAAUAAAGUAAUGAAUAAGGAAAAGUGGAGGAAAAGAUGAAUUAAUUAUUGACUAUAGAGUAAUACUUUUUAUCCUAAGGUUUUGAUUUUUCACUUUAAAUUCAUAAAAAUGUGUAUUUGCCAAUUGAAAAAUUUGAAGAUGAUACAUUAUAAAAAUAUUCUAAUGAUUAAGUUAUUGAAAUGCUUAAAACAUAGAAAAUUUAAAUUUUUGUAAUGGAAUAGAAUAGUUUAGGUGAUUGGUUUUGGUAUAGAGCUGAAUUAAUUGGAUAUUCAAAAUUGUUUCAUUAUCAAAGAAAGAAUAGAGAAGGUAGAUGUGCUAGAAUUCAUUUUAUUAUGGAUUUUGAAGAUAAGUAAUUGUAUAUUAAGAAGUUAAAAUAAGCAUUUUAUCUAAGAGAUUAGAUGGAUAGAUAUUUAAAAUUUAAUUGUUAUGUUGAGAAUAUGCCAACGAAUGAUUUAAUUUAAUUAAAAAGUGAAUAGAAAAAGAGAAUUAAGAAAAGAUUAGGAUUUGAGUUUCCUUCAUAAUUAAUAAAAAAAGAAUUUAUUGAUGUUAACAUAUUAAAUUUGAAAACAUAAAAUGAAAUCAUUUUCAUACAUUUUUUAAAAAAUAGUGAAACUAAUUAAAAAUUGAAAGAUCUAUUAGAAAUAUUAAAUAAUUAAUACAUUAAAUCCUAAGUUUCUAUAAGAAACAUAAUAUAAAAUUAAUUAAUAUAUUCUGAAGGGAUAUUGAUUUAAUAGAUAAAAACUUCAUUUCAAAUAUUAAGAUAAUCUUAUUUUUUGGCAUCUAUUUCUAAUAUCAAACCUAUUUAAAAAUGUUUAUAAUAUAUAAGUAACUAAAUUGCAGAUUUGUUAUAAUUAGAAUUGUUUGUAUAUUAAUAAUAACCAUUUGAAAAAUUUAAAUUUUCUUAAGAAAUGCAUAUGAAAACUGUCUUGUCAGGUAUUAAAAUAAAAUGGAUUUAAGAGAUUAUUGAAUUCUGUAGAAUAAAUUUAUAAAUCUAAAAUAAAAAAAGCAUUAUAUUAACAUAAAUUUAAUUGGAUAGAUUUUUUCAAUUGAUUAGAAUGAGAUUACAAGAUGCAUUGCAUAAUUUUUUGAAGAUUAAUUAUGAAAAAUUCAUUAAUUACUUAAAUAAACAUAUUCCUGAAGAUGUAUAAAUUUAAUCCUAUUCUUAAGUUCAUAAUAUUUAUACUAACUAAUAUGCAAUUAUAAAGCCAUUAUAUACCAUAUAAAUUUAAUUUAAAGUAAAUGAAAUAUGUUAUUCUAUCAAUCCUCUUCAAUUCAAAGAUAUAAUAAUUGGAUUUUUUGAGUAAAUCUAUGAAUCAAUUGGAGAUAUACCUGAUCCAGAAACUAGAUUAAUUGAAUAUUUUCAGAAAGAGUUUUUAUAUGAGAUGAAUGGAAAUUUAAAAGCACCUGAAAAGGAAUAAUAUGUAAAUUUUAUCAUUAUAUUCUCAUUAGUAUUUUGAUGCAAUAGAUAAUUUAUCUAAUAAAGUAAGAAAAUCCCUAUUUGAUUAUUUGAAAUAAUUUGAAAGUUUAUAAAAGUUAUAGUACUAAAAGUCAUUUGAAAUAAUUUUAGCUGAAACUCUCAUUCUUGAUAAUAGAGAAGAUAUGAAAUUAAUUGACUAGAUUCCAGAAUUUAUAGAAGUAGGAGCAUUUUUAAUUGUAAUAUCAGAAAUGAAGAGUUAUUUUUAUUAAUUAUUAAGGAAAAGAGAAUAAUAUUAUAUUGAAUAAUUGUCAAUUUAUCAUAAAGAAGAUUGUAUGAGAUUACUAAAUGAAUUUGCUAAUUUAGAAUUGAAAAUAAUAGAGAAACCAUAAAAUAUAGAAUAAUUAGUAGAAAAAAGAGAAUUUUUAGAAGAUGCAUUUCCUUAAAAAUUAAGUUUAUUAUAGUAGGAAGUUUAAAAAAAUAAAUUUUAUUUUGAUUUGUUAAAUUCUGUAAUAGAAUGUUAAAAUAUAGUUUAUAUUAAUUUUUAUCCUAUUAGAAGAGAGGAUACACAUAAAUAUUAUCGUCUUUUAAUUUAAGAAUAAUAAUUAUUGAAAUUAGCAUAAAGUUAAAAAUAAUUAUUAGAAAAUUAAAAAGAGGAGAUAUUUUAGAUUUAAGCUCAUGAAUAAUCAAAAUUCAAAAAGAAAAUUAAAUAAUUAGAAUAAUAGGUAUAUAAAUUUUAAGAAUACUGUUAAUUGGAAUAAAGUAAAAUGGCAGAAGAUGAAAUGAUAAUUAUUAAUAAUUAAUUUUAAUAAUAUUCAGAAGAAGCUUAAAGAUUUAAUAAGAGAGAAUAAUUGUUUGGUUUAGAAUAAACAAAUUAUGAAAUACUUUUAUAAUUAUAAUGUGAAUAUAAACCAUUUGAAGUAGUUUGGAGAGUUAAUUCAAUUUGGUAAUAUUAAAAUAUAAAAUGGUUAAAUGAUUCAUUGAAUAUAGUAGAUUAUUAAGGGUGUGAAUAAUUUUUUAAUUAAGAUUAUAAAUAAUUUAUAUAAGUAGUAGAUAAAAUAUAAUUUUAAGAAAUAUUUACAUUGUGGAAAAAUUUAAAAAAAGAAAUAGAUUAAUUUUAAAUGUAUGUACCAAUAUUAUUAUCUUUAACAAAGAAUGGAUUAAGAGAAAGACAUUUUAAUUAUUUGGGAUAAUUAUUAAAUAUUCAAGAUGAUUAAUUAAAAAAUUAUAUAUCUUUAUAAAAAUUGAUAGAUUUAAAAAUAAUUGAUUAUUAAGAAGAAUGUAUAGAAUUAGGAUUAAAGGCUUAAGAGGAAUUUGGUAUAGAACAAGUAUUAAAAUAAAUAACAGAUGUUUGGAAUGAAUAUAGAUUUAAUUCAAUUAUAGUAAAGGGAGUUUAAAUAUUUAAGAAAAUAGAUGUAAUUUAAGCAUUAGUAGAUGAUCAUUUAAUUUCAUUAGAAUUAAUGAUGAAAUAGAAAAAUAAUACUUAUUUCAUUUAAGAAAUUAAUACUUUAUAUGAAGAUUUGAGACGUAUUUCAUCUUAUUUGGAAGAAUGGAAUAAGACUCAGACAUAAAUAGUGUAUAUGUAACCAAUAUUUGAUUCAGGAGAUAUUUUAAAAUAAUUACCUGUAGAAUAUAAAAAGUAUAGACAAAUAGAUAAGUUUUAUAAGGAGAUAAUAGGAUUUUCAGAUAAGGUGAUAGAAUUUGGAUAACAAGAUAUAUAAAAGGUUAAAUAAAUAAAUAAUUUAUUGGAUCAAAUACAUAAAGAAUUAGGUAAUUAUUUGGAAAGAAAGAAAGAGAAAUUUAGUAGAUUUUAUUUCAUAUCAAAUGAAGAGAUAUUAGAAAUUUUAUCAAAUGGAUAGGAUUUAGUAUUUUUAUAAAAAUAUCUUUAUAAAUUAUUUGAGAAUAUUGUUAAUCUAAAAAUGAAUAAAUAUAAUUAAAUUUAUGCUCUUUAAACAAAGGAUUGUGAAUUAAAAUUAUAAGAUAAGGUAGAUACAAAUAAUAAAUGUAUAGAAGAUUGGUUAUUGGAAGUAGAAUAAUAAAUGAAAUAAAAUGUAAAAUAUAAUAUUUUGAACAGAAAUAAUGAAUGUGGUAAUUAAAUCAUGAUGAUUAAUUUUGAAUUAGAUCAUACAUAUAGAGUUGAAGAAGAUAUGAAAUAAGGAAGAGAUCUUAGAAUAUAUUUAAUGGAAUUGAAGGAUAAAUUACAUAAUAAAAAUCUAGAUGUUGCUAAUAUAAUAUUAUUGGCUCAUCAUGUUGAAGUAUUAAAAUAAUUAAUUGAUUAUAAUUAAUAAUUGAUUCCAUUCUAUUGGAGUUUAUAAUUAAGAUAUUAUAUUAAGAGUACUAAUUGUUAAAUUAAUUCAUUGGAAGCUUCAAUACAAUAUGGAUAUGAAUAUCAAGGGAAUAUAGAAAGAAUUAUAAUAACACCAUUAACAGAGAGGAGUUUAGUAAUAUUUUUGAAUGCAUUACAUUAUAAAAGAGGAGGAGCAGCUGUUGGAUAAACUGGUACUGGAAAAACAGAAACUAUAAAAGAUUUAUGUAAAGCAGUAGGAUAUAGAUGUAUUCUAUUUAAUUGUUCAGAAUUAGUUGAUUAUAUUCUCAUUUCAUAAUUUAUUAAAGGAAUUUACACUAGUUAAUGUUGGAGUUGUUUCGAUGAAUUUAAUAGAAUAACAGCUGAAGUAUUAUCAGUUGCUGCAUCUAAAUUAAUGUAAUAUUAACCAGAUGGAAUAUUUGUAACAAUGAAUCCUAAUUAUAAAGGUAGACAUGAAUUUCCAGAUAAUUUGAAAUCAUAUUUUAGAAUGGCAUCUAUGAUAUCACCAAAUGUUUAAAUUAUUUUAUCAACCAUUUUAUCAAUUUUUGGAUUCAAUGAACCUGCAAAACUCACUUCUUAAUUAAUGUAAUUGAUAUCAAUAUCAAAAGAUUUAUUAUCAAAUUAACAUCAUUAUGAUUAUAGUUUAAGAGCUUUAAAGAGUGUAGUUAUGUUAGCAGGUUAAUUAUUUAAAUAAUCUCAUGAUCAAGAUGUUAAUUAAUAAAAUUAUAUUCUUAAAGCUUUAAAAUAUGUAUUUGAACCUAAAUUAAUUUAAAAUGAUUUAAACUUAUUUCAUUAAUUAUUAAUACAAUUUUAUCCUGCUUAAGAAAUCAAAUCUGUAGAAAGAGAUGAUUUUAGUAAUUUUAUAGUUACUAGUAUAUUACAAUAAAAAGUAUCAGAACUUAAACAAAUUCUCAAACUUAGACAUGGAAUCAUGAUUGUAGGUCCUGCAGGUUCAGGUAAAAGUGCUUGUUUAGAAGUAACACUUAAAUAAACAAAUAUGACUAAUAUACGAUUGUUUCCAAAAGCAAUGAAGGUUUCUGAAUUGUUUGGAUGUUUAAAUAUAAGUACUUUAGAAUGGGAAGAAGGAGUAUUACCUAGUCUCUUAAAAUAAGAAUAACAAUAGGAUAUUUAUAUUUUUGAUGGAGCUGUAGAGACUGAAUGGAUUGAAACUAUGAACUCUGCUUUAGAUAAUAGUAAAAGAUUAUGUUUAACUAAUGGAUGUAUAAUCAAUCUAAAUUGUUCUAUGAUUUUUGAAGUUGACAGUCUUAAAGGGGCAACUCCAUCAACUAUAUCAAGAUGUGGUAUUUUAUAUAUUUCUGAUGAUCCUUUAUUGGGACUUAAGUAAUUUAUAUCAAAUAAAUGUGAUAAAUAAGCAUCCAAAUAUAAUGAAAUUAUUGAAAAAUUGAGAAGUAAAAUUAUUCAAUUAAAAAUACCUUUGAGUUAUUUCUCUAAUCAAUUAAUUACUAUUAUGAAGGAAAUAUAAAAUGAAUAUCAUAAUUUUAAUUUGUAAUUAUUUAUAUAUUGUUUGGCAUGGACUAUAUUACCAUAAGUAAUAGAAAAGAAUGAAAGAUCAAAUAUCAAUCAAUACUUAAUUAAUCUAGGUAAUAUAAUUUGUGAUAAUUUACUAAUUUAUAAUGAAUAUAAAGAAGAUAUGAAUAAAUUUUAACUUAUUCAUGUACCUACAAUUUUGAAAUUCACUAAUUUUGAAGAUAUUUAUGUUCCAAAAAUAGAAGAUAUGGCUUAUUUAAAAAUUUCAUAAUCUCUUUUAAAUCGAUCAAAUAUAAGAUUUGAAGGUAUAAGUGGUGCUGGAAAAACAAAACUAAUUAAUGAAAUCCUACAUAAUUUUUAAUAUAUAAGAAUCAAUUGUUCAUCAUCUACUAAUUCAUCAAAUACAUAAAUGACAUUAGAAUCAAAUUUAGAGAGAAGAAGAAAAGGUGUAUUUGGUCCAUAAAUGGGUUAGAAAUGUAUUAUAGUUUUAGAUGAUUUUCAUAUGCCAUAAGAUGUAGAAUUAGUUAGAUAAUUCUUACAUUAAAAAGGAUGGUAUUCUAAAAGAGACACUCAUUCUAUUCUAUAAAAAGUUGAAGACACAACUAUAUUAGCAGCAAUGACUCAAUAACAUUAACAUAGUGAUAGAAUGUUAAGAUUAUGGACAACAUUUAAAUUUUGUUAAGAAGAAACAAUCUAUUAAACUAUAUUUAGUUAGAUGACUUAAGCAUUUCAAAUGUAACAUAUUGUUUAAAAGACCUUAUAAGCAUAUAAAUAAAUAAAGGAAUAAAUAAAAGCUACACCUUUUAAAGUUCAUUAUCAAUUUACUAUGAGAGAUGUUUGGAGAGUACUUUAGAGUAUGUGUACUAAGAAAACAUAGAAUGAAUAUUAAUGGAAUUUUGAGAUGGCUAGAGUUUUUGUAGAUAGAUUAAUAACAAAAUAAGAUAAGAUAUUAGCAUAAUCAAUAAUUGGAGUAGAUACUGUAUAAUUUUGUGAAUUUUCUAGUGGAUAUAAUGAUCAUUCAUAUAAAGCAGUAAAUGAUUUAGAUACUUUAUUAUAAUUAAUGAAAGAACAAUUUUAGAAAUAAGGGAUUACAAUAUAUGAAGAUGCUUUGAAAUCAUUAAUUGCAAUAUCUAGAGUAUUAGGAUUAUAAUCAGGACAUUUAGUAAUAUUAGGUUAAGUAGGUACAGGAGGAAUAUAAUUAUCUAAAUUAGCAGUCUUAAUAUAAGAGAAUGAAUCUCCUUAGAUUGAUAGAUGGAAAGAUGACUUGAGAAAUAUAAUAAAGAAAUGUAUAAUGGAGAAUAAAAAGAUGACAAUAAUUAUAGAUGAUUAAAGAAAUGCACAUAAUUAACCAUAAAUAUAUUAAGAUAUAAGUACUCUAUUGAAUUCAGGUGAUCUUGAUAUAUUUAAUAGAUAGGAAUUAGAUGAUCUUCAUUCAAUAUUUUAAGAAUAAGCACUUUAAGAAUAAAAGGAUUCUAAAAUUAAUUUAAAAAUUCUAUUACAUAAAUUAUAUGUAAAUAGAUUAGUUAAAAAUUUACAUUGUAUAGUAUGUAUAACAUCUACAAUUAAAUUUCGACAUUAUCCAAAUUUAAUUAAUUGUUCUACAAUACUUGCAUUAUAAUAAUUACCAGAUUAAGCAUUACUUAGUAUUGCUUAAAUGUAAUUAAAACAUUUAGAUAUUAAUUAAAAAUAAAUGAGUGAAUUAUUCAAAUUAUUUCAUUAAUCUGCUUAACUUAUUGAUAAUCAUUAAAAAAUAUAAACUGUUACUUCAAUUCAUUUUUAAGAUCUCAUUUUUACAUUCAAUAAACUAUAUUAAUAAAAAACUAAUGAAUUAUAAUCAAGAAUUACUCGUAUUAAAAAUGGACUUUCUAAAAUUUAAAUUGCUAAUGAAACUAUAUCUGAAUUAAAAAAAGAAUUACUUGAAAUUACACCAGAAAUUGAAAAAUCAUAAUAAGAAAGUUCAAGAAUGAUGGAAAAAUUAAAAUAAGAAAAAGAUUAAGCUUUUUAUUAAGAAUCAUUAUUAAGUGAAGAUGAAACAUAAGCUAAUGUUUAAUAAAUUUAAGCAACUAAAUUAGCUAAUGAAGCUACCUAAGCAGUAAAAGAAGUUAAUCUCUUAUUAGAUUAAACUCUCUAAGAUGUAUCUAAAUUGAAAAAAGAACAUUUAAUAGAAAUCAAAUCAUUAGGAAAACCACCUAAACCAGUAGUCAUUAUUUUAACAGGAGUAGUCAUCUUAAAUCUAGAUAAUUUAAGAUAAUAUAUUACUUAACCUCUUACUGCUUUAACAAAUUAAGAAUACUUUGAAAUUGCUAAGAAAUAUUUAUUAAAUGAUCCUAAAGAAUUAUUAGAAUUAAUAAGAAAUUAUGACAAAAACAAUAUCAAUCCUUAUAAUAUUAAUAGACUUGAGAAGAUAGUAUUAUCAGAACCAGAUUUUACAUUUGAAAGAGCAAAAUAAUGUUCUGCAGCUGUUAAAUAUUUGUAUUCAUGGGUCAAAGCUAUGUAUGAAUAUAAUAAAGUGUACAUUGAAACUAAACCAUUAAGAGAAAGAUUAAUUGAAGCAUAAAAAUAAUUAAAAGAUAAAACUGAUAUUUUAAAUGAAAAGAAAUCAUAAUUAACUAUAGUAUUUUAAAAAGUUAAAGUCUUAUAAGAAAAAUAUGAUUAACAAACAUAAAAGUGUGAAUUUCUUAAUAAAUAAUUAGAGGAAUCAUCAAAUAAAUUAUAACGUGCAAUUGGAUUAACUUCAGGAUUGGAAUAAGAAUAAUAAAGAUGGUCUCAUUAAAUUAAUGUAUUAUAGAAUUCAUUAAAAAGUGUAUUGGGAGAUUGUGCAAUAGCAGCUGCUUAUUUGAAUUAUUGUGCUCCUCUUUCAGAACAAUUAAAACAUUAAUUAUUAUAAUAAUGGUCUAAAUAAGUUAAAGCUAAAAUUGGAUAUGAAAAUCAUCCUUUAUAGUUUUUAAAUCCAUCCUAAAUUUAAGAUUUAAAUUAAAUAAAUUCUAUAUUUUUAUAACAUACUAUUAAACCUAUUUUAUGUAUUGAUCCAUAAUGUUAGGCUAAUGAAUAUAUAAGAAAUAAUAAUUCAGUAAUGGAUGUUAAUGAUUAACAUUAAUUUGAAGUUGCACUAUCAUUAAAAUAAAGUAUUCUUAUUGAAAAUUUAAAUAAUAUACCUGAUUGGUUAACUGAAUAUAUUAAUAACAAUCCUCAUCCAAAAAUUAAAAUUUAUGUUACCACAAUGUAAUAUAAUUUUUAAAUGACUUCAUUGAAUUAUUCAUAAUUUUAUGUUAUCAAUUUCUAGAUUACUAAAUAUAAUGCUGAAGAAUUGAUCUUAAAUUAAAUUGUUAAUACUUAAAAUCCAGAAUUAUAUAAACAAUAAGUAGAAUUGAAAUAGAUGGAAUUUAAGAAUGAAUAGAAAUUAAAAUAAAUUGAAGAUACUAUACUUUCUAUAUUAAAUGUUGAAAAUAUCAAAGAUUUACUAAAUUAAGAAACAUUAAUAAAUUAAUUAUCUAAUUCAAAGAAAACAUUUAAUGAAAUACAAUUGGCUUAAUCAGAAUUUUAAUAAAUAUAAAAAGAUUUAAUAAAUACUAAACAUUAAUAUAAAUAAUUAGCUUCUAAAAUAACAGACUUAUAUUUCAUUUCUUAAGAUAUGUAAUGUUUAGAUCCUAUGUAUUAAUUUUCAUUAGAAUGGUUUAUUACUUAACUUCUCUAUACUAUUAAAAACACUAAUAAUCUAAAACUUAUUUUUUCUAAUUUUCGUUUAAGAUAUUAUUCUUGUUUAAGUAGAGUUCUAACUGAAAGACAUAGAUUAGUUUUAGCAUUUCUACUUGCCAAAUAAUGUUUAGUCUCUGUUGAUCAUGAAGAUUGGUAAGCCUUUAUUGGAUAUUCUAAAUUAAAGACUGAUGAUUUUUAAGCUAAAAUAAAUCCAUUUACAUGGAUAGAUAAUGCUAAUUAUCAAAGAAUUUGUUCUGAAUUAAAUCAUUUUUAAUUGGUAACAGCAAAAAUACUUAUUAAUAAUUUUGAAUAAAUUAAAUAAUUUUAUUUAAGUAAGAAAUACUAAGAAACAGAAAUACCUCAUUUAGAUAGAUUAGAUGAAAUGUAAAGAAUAUUUAUAGUCAAAGCAAUUCGACCAGAUUACAUUUAAAUUAUGAUCAAAUAAUUUAUAUAUAGAAUGUUAGAUUUUGAUAUUGAUAAAGUCUAAUCAAUUCCACUUGAUAUUACAUUUAAUGAAAGUUAACAUAAUAAAAUAUUGUUAUAUGUACUUUAAAAUAAUUAAGAUCCUAUUGAAUAAAUCAAAGAUUUUGCAGUAAGUAAAAAUUUUAAUAAAAAAUUAUGGACUUUAUCUUUAGGUUAAGGUUAAGGAAAUAAAGCUGAGAGACUCAUAAGAGAAGCUGCAGAACAAGGACUUUGGAUUGUAAUUUAAAAUUGUCAUUUACAUCAAUAAUGGUUGAAUGAAUUAGAUAAAUUAAUUAUGAUUGAAUCACAUACAGAUUAUAGAUUGUGGUUAACAUCUAAAUCAAUCAUUUAAUUUCCAGGAAGAAUUUUACAAAAAAGUGUUAAAUUAACUUAUAAUACGAAUGAUGAGAAAUAAAUAGAAAUGACAGAUAUUGCUAAAUUUCAUUUUGGAUUAUUGAAUUUCUGUAAAUUAGGAUUGUUAGGUUUUAAUAAAAAAUAUUAAUUUACUUAAUAUGAUUUAAAUAUAACUUAAGAAUAAAGCAAUAAGAUUGAAGUAAGUGACUAAUUAAAACCAAUAGCUUUGACUUAUAUAACAUCUUAAUUACAUUAUGGAGGUCAUAUUGUAGAUGAAUAAGAUUAAAUCAUUCUCAAUAAACUAUGUUGUUAUUAUUUAAUAGAUAAAGUGAGUCCAGUCAAUAGCAAUCUAAUUUAAAUAUAUGUUGGAGAAUAAAUGUGUCAAGAAUUUGUAAAUGAUCUAUUGUACAAAGAAUAUGGAUAAAUAGAUCAAAUAAAUGAUGAAAUAAAUAAAACUAUUUUAUAUUUAAGUUCAAAUUUACCAAAAUAGAUUAUCUUUGAUAAUUCCAGGAAUCAUAAAUUGGAUCCUUUUUUAGUUUAGGAGAUUUUAUUAAUAAAUUAGUUAAUUGAAUUAAUAGAAGAAUCUAUAUGUUUAAUUUAAAGAAUAUUAGCAGGAGAUUCUUCUCCUAAUACAAUGAUAGCAGAAGAUAUUAAGUAUUAAAGAGUGCCAUAAGAAUGGAUGGAUAUUGGAUUCAGAAGUGAUAAAAAAUUAGGAUAAUGGUUUUAAGAAUUUUUAAAGAGAGUGAAUUUCAUAAAUAAUUGGAAUGAUUAAGGGAUACCAAAUGCAAUAUGGUUAGGAGGAUUGAUGAAACCUAAUAGUUUUUUGAUGUAUGCAAAAUAUAGUGAGGAAUGUUUAAAUAAAAAAACAAUAUAUACUAUUUUAGAUAGUAUUCAAAUAGAACAUAUAACAAAUUGUCCUACAAAUGGUUAUUAUUUAUAUGGAUUAACUUUAUAAGGAGCAAAAUGGAAUUAGAAACAACAUAUAUUAGUAGAAUCUAAUUCAAUGUUAAAUGAAUUCCCAAUCUGUUAUUUGAAUUACAAAGAGGAUGAUGAAUAUUAAUUAUUCUAUUCAUGUCCAUUAUAUAGAUUAAUAGAUAGAAAAGAGUUGAUAGCAUUCAUUCCAAUGCCUUGUGAUACCACUAGAGAAUGGAUAUUGAGUGGAGUUGCAGCUUUUAUUAAUAUUAAUAUAUGAAUAAAACUUAAGUAUUAAAAUCUCUUGUGUUAAGACAACCAAAAGAAAAUUUAAAAAGAUUGCAUCCAGUGGCAUAAUAAAAGAGAGAAUAAUACUCUUAAACUCCAGAACCACUAUAAUAUAAAACAAGAGAAGAGUCUCCAUUUAGAAUAUUGAGAUCUUAAAAUGGUAAUCUUCCAGUAUACAAAAAAUAUUUUGUGAGAAGUGAAGUACCAAGAACAGUAAUAAGACACAUUGAAGGAGAUGUGAAUGAAUUUAUAAAAGAAUUAAGAAAGGUAUGUUCAAAUGCAGAUGUAAUUGAAAAAGUAUAAAAUUGAUGCAAAUAAAUUAGGUUGGAAGAGUAGAAGUAAAUGGUAGUCAUACAAUAAGUGUAAGAAAAUGGUUGACAUAAUUAGGAUUCUGAGGAUAAUAUGUAAGACAAAUAUUAUAAUAAAUUUAUGUG